UGUUUGUCGAGGAGAUUUGUACAGGAACGUCUUGGAAUUUCUAAUAAACAGGUAGAGGUCCAUAUUAAACCCCUGUCUAGACACAAAAGGUGCUUCUUAAAAGAAAAAUUAUCGAAGUAGAGGUCACUAUUACUCGACCCCUCCAUCUUAGAAAAGUGGCCGUCAACCGCAACCAAGACCACAAAGGUCUAUUUUCCUAGCUAGUGCACUACAGACACUAUCUGCGCAGGUGUUGUGUGUAGCGUAGCGUGUGAAAAUGGAAGAUAACACCGCGCAGGCGCAGCAACCACUUCUCUCCCCCGUAGAUGAUGAACAACUCCCAAGGCUUUCGAGCCAGGACUGUUCUGCCCAACGAAUCUCUACCCAUUUCAUCGUCGAUGGUGAUGAUAUUCCUCCGAUCACCGGAGUUGGCAGCUUCUUCGAGGCGUUCAAGGUGGAGUCCGAAAAGCUUUGGUAUUUGGCUGGCCCUGCCAUUUUCACUGCCUUUUGCCAGUUUUCCCUUGGCGCCAUCACGCAGACCCUGGCCGGCCACGUCGGGACACUCGACCUCGCCGCUUUCGCCAUCGAGAAUACGGUCAUCGCCGGUUUCAGCUUCGGCAUCAUGUGGGGAAUGGGGAGCGCACUGGAAACACUCUGUGGCCAAGCGUACGGCGCCGGCCAAAUCGACAUGCUCGGCGUCUACAUGCAGAGAUCGUGCGUCGUCCUCCUCACCACCAGCCUCCUCCUCACCUUCUUGUACAUUUUCGCGGAGCCCAUAUUGCUAUUACUGGGGCAAAAGGAGGAUAUGUCGAAAGCAGCAGGUCGACUUUCGCUGUGGAUGAUCCCACAGCUCUACGCUUACGCCAUGAACUUCCCGAUCAGCAGGUUUCUGCAGGCGCAGAGUAAGAUCAUGGCCAUGGCCUGGAUUUCUGCCGUCGGAUUGGUAUUGCACGUCUUCUUCAGCUGGUUGUUUAUGCUGAAGCUAGAGUGGGGGAUGGCCGGCGGCGCGGUGGUUCUGAACAUUUCGUGGUGGUUCAUAGUGGUGGCACAGCUGGUGUACAUCUUCAGCGGGGCGUGUGGCGAUGCUUGGACUGGGUUUUCGUGGAAGGCGUUUCAGAACCUUUGGGGGUUUGUCAGGUUAUCUCUUGCGUCUGCUGUGAUGAUGUGCUUAGAGGUAUGGUAUAUGACAGCACUUGUCCUCUUUGCUGGAUACGUAAAGAAUGCAGAAGUAGCCGUCGAUGCUUUAUCCAUAUGCAUAAACAUAGAUGGUUGGACAAAGAUGGUAGCUAUUGGAUUAAAUGCAGCAGUAAGCGUAAGAGUGUCGAAUGAGUUGGGGGCAAGUCAUCCAAGAAGUGCGAAGUUCUCGAUGGUGGUGGUGGUGAUAUUCGCAUUGCUGCUAAGCAGCCUCAUUUCCGGCACUCUCCUCAUCUUCAAGAGACAGUAUCCAUAUUUGUUUGCAGACAGUUUAGAUGUUGUACAAGUUCUUUAUCAGCUCACACCAUUGCUCGCGUUGUGCCUCGUCGUCAACAAUAUUCAACCUGCUCUUUCAGGAGUGGCUAUUGGAGCUGGAUGGCAAACAUUGGUUGCAUAUGUGAAUCUUGGUUGCUACUACAUAUUUGGCAUCCCUUUGGGUCUACUACUGGGGUAUAAACUUAAUAUGGGCGUACAAGGUAUAUGGAUUGGAAUGAUGACUGGAACAAUUGUGCAAACGCUCUGCCUCUUCUUGAUGGUCUACAGAACUAAUUGGAAUAAAGAGGCUUCAGUGGCCGCGGAAAGAAUCAGAAGAUGGGGAGGUGAACCAGAUCCUAAAGCAAAUACCCUGGAGUAAUAUUUCAAGAUGAAAAUCAUUAAAGACAUUAGGAUUAAUCACUGGGGUUUCAUAAAUAAAUUUGAGGUUACAGGUUUGAAUCCUAUCGACGUGAAAGUAUUUGUCUCAUUUUAUAUGAAUUUAUUAUAAUUUAAUAUUUCAUAGUUCUUUGU